AUGGUGAGCAAACAUUUUCUGAUGAUGAAUCGGUGUGUAGCUAAGUAUAACGGUAAAAAGAUUUAUCUAGCGGGAACCGGAACCGACUACAGUGAAUUCCUGGACAAUGCAGGAGAUGACGAGAGGAUGUAUAGCUAUGUCCGAUUCCAGGAUGUGGAUGGAACAACGGGCGCACGAAAAAAAAUGUAUGCUUUCAUAACGUGGAUUGGACCGAGUGUAAGCCCCCUUGCUAAGGCCAGAGUCAGCACGGACAAAGCCUUCGUUAAACAAAUAUUUACCAAUUUUGGCAAGGAAAUCUUAGCUGACGAUGCUAGCGAGUUAGCUGAAGCCAAGGUCUUAAAUAUUCUGUUAAAGGCAGAAGGCGCAGCAUACGGAACUGGAAAAUAGAGGGCGGUGUUUCAAGGCUUAUUUCUCUUUAAAAUGAAACCAUGGAUUUGUCUACAACACAGUGACUGGACAUGCGUGUUUAAAAUUAUGGUUAUUGGUGUUAUGGUUUAUUUGUUUUACAUAUGGUUGAUUUGGUUAUUACAUGUUUUGGUUGAUGGGUUAUUACAUGGUUGAUUUUUAUUACAUGAAUGGUUUAUGUUUACGUUAUGUUUUUUUUUUAUCACAUUGGUUGUUAUUAUUACAUUUAUAGUCUUUAUUACGUUAUGAGUGAUACAAAUGUAUUCAAAACAGCCAAUUAAUAAUUGUUUACACACGACGUGCUGUACACAGACUAUGUUCAGUUUUCAUCCAGCCACAAUAAUCUUGUUAUUUGAAAUGUUAAACUCGUUGCGGAUUUUUUGUACAGAUCUGUAUGAGUUAACACAAUGUACUUCCCUGACAUUUUUUAAAAUUUCAAAGAUUAUGCUAAACAGUCUAACUUAUGUAACUUUGAGCGCAGUUUGCUCAAGACAUAGAUUUGGUUACAGGGGACUUAUACUUUGUGACUUAAUUUUGAGAAAACUGCGCUCAAAGUAUAUUUAGAAUGUUUAUCAGUGUGUAAUUAACGAGACACUCAAAUAACUAGAUCGUUGUAAUCUUUUGAAAACUCAGGUACAAACAUUGUGUACAGCAAUUGUCGUAUGUAAACAAUUUGACUGUUUUUAAAAACAGGAGAGGACAAAGUUGUUUGAACUUUCUGCCAUGCUGACUUGAUCAUGAGAACAUCAGCAAAAUUACUGACAUUACACUACAUAUUUAUUGAACCACUUUUUAAUGUAGUGUGGCGUCCAACAUCAGUCUAGAGUCAAACUCAAGUUCUGACGGCUGCCUGCGUCAUCGGAACACAGAGUGUGGGUUCGACUCCUGCUUGACACUUUCUGUAUGUUUUUAAUUACACAGGGGUAAAUGCAUGGGUCCAUUUAGUUAAAAGACCUUUGGAAUUUUUUUUUUAAUACAAGCAAACUUAAUCUGUUGUGGCUUUAUUUCACAAUAAUAGUAGAAAUGGCUGUUUACAAACUUCCAACCAAACCUGUUAAUGUUUUUAUAUGGAGCUGGUCAACUGAUGUAAUUGUCUUUUGAGGAUGAUUAAAGUUAAUUUAAUUGA